GAGAGGUGGAGGUGGCGUGAGCUGGGCUGACUCAGUGAGUGAGCCUCUUUUCGCUCCUAUUUUCCCUCUCCUUUUGCCACUGCACUUCCCUUCCUUCUUUAGGUUUCCCACUCCUUUUCAUUCCCUUUUUUAAGAGAGAGAGAGAAAUUCAGAGAUUUUUCGCCCGAUUAAAAUCAGCUCUUUCUCUCUCUGAACUACAUUUCUACACUCUCUUCUAUAAAUUCCAAACAAAAUGUGGCUUUCUGGAGUUGAUUUAUUCAUGCUUUCCUUUUCCCGAUUCUGAGUUUUUCAAUUAACAAUUUACCUUUUUUAUCCUUUUCUUUCGCUUUUGGUUCCGGAAAUCCGUGAUAUAGAUAUUUAGGGUUCUGAUUGAGCUCUGCAAACUCCUCUGAUCUUCAACGCAUUCAGAGGCAACGGAGCAAUGCUGAAUGGUCACUCUGAUUUAUCAUUAGUUGAAGAAGUUGGUAGGAGAGGCAACAUGAGAGAAAGCUGUCAUUUGAAGAAAGGACCUUGGACUCAAGCGGAAGAUGCAAUUCUGGUCAAGUAUGUAAAGAAGCAUGGUGAGGGGAAUUGGAAUGCUGUCCAGAAACACUCUGGACUUUCCAGAUGUGGGAAAAGCUGUCGCCUGCGUUGGGCGAACCACCUAAGACCAGAUUUGAAGAAGGGCAUGUUUACUCCAGCUGAAGAGCGCCGUAUAGUUGAGCUACAUGCUAAGUUGGGAAACAAAUGGGCACAAAUGGCUGCAGAGUUGCCAGGACGAACUGAUAAUGAGAUAAAGAACUUCUGGAAUACAAGAAUUAAGAGACUGCAACGUGCUGGCUUGCCUAUUUACCCUCCUGAUGUGUGCUUGCAAGUAAAUUUCAGUCAAGAAGAAAGUCAUAAUGUGGCUUCAAUGCCAAACCAGGACUCCUUUAGUUCCAAUCUCUUGCAAUCGGAUGCUUUUGAGAUUCCGCAUGUGGAAUUCGAGAAUCUAGAAUUCAACCAACAAUAUUUUUCCUGUUCACCUGAGCUUCUCAACAUUCCUCCAAAUACUAUUGGUUCAUCCCAUGAUUAUGGCCAUAUGUUCCCAAUGGCAUGCUCUCCUAAGCAUCUUCAGGAAAGUGUCAGCAAUUUUAUCUCAAUGCCCAACCAAUUGACUGAUUUUGUUUGCCAGGAAAAUUAUGAUGAUCCCUGCAAAGCAUCUUCGCCAUAUGAUUCUGAUUUCAGUACAAAUGACCAGUCAUCAUUUGGUAUACCUCCUGGCACUGAUGCCCUUAUAAGGAGUAAUUUCUCUCCUUCUGAGCCCUUGUCUGGGCCUAUGAACGUGGAGCUCCCUUCAUACCAAUAUUCAGAUUAUCAACAAGAUAGUUGGGUUAAUCCUUCGGUCUCGCUACCUUUGGUUGAGUCUGUCGAUUCUCUGAUCCUAUCCCCUCCGAUGAAGCGAGCUAAGUCGGAUAUUUUUACACCACAAAACAGUGGUCUCCUGGAAGAAAUAGUUUACGAGUCACAGAAACUUAAAAGCUCAAAGGAUGAUUAUAGCCAUCAUUCUUCUACUUUGAUGCUUGAUGAUGUAGCCAAUUUUCCCCAAAAGGGUUGUGAAUUAGAAUCUGAAGCAUGCUGUGACUCGAAUUCUCCAGCUCAUUCUGCUGCAUCGGCUUUCAGCGAGCACACUCCAGGUAGUGGAAGCUCAUUAGAUGAACCACAAUUUGUUGAGAGCAUUCUGGGAUGCAACAACAAGAACGAAACUUCGAAUCGGAUGGCUAUUUCUGGACUAGAGUUUCUCAGAUCUGGUCAGUUUGGUCAUGACAUUGGGUGCGUGAGGGAUAAACCCGUCGUGACAGAUGUUAUAGCGGCUCUUUUGGGUGAAGAUACUUCCAGUGACUACUAGCAAAUUCAAUCGAGGUUCUUGCAUUUUUCAUCAACCUUCUGAAAGUCAUAGGAAUUGCUAUUAUA